AGAAGCAGCACCUGAACGCAUCGUAGUUGGACGACGCCGGAGACGAGAGGGAAAGAAAAGGGCAAGGAAGGGACCUGUGAUAAAUUCAGCCUCUCACUCUUGGCGCCAAUCCGAUUUAAAGAGGAAAAAAAAAAAACAGCCAAUUUUCUUUUGACAUUUUCAUCAACGGCGAACUGCUGCUUUGCCCGCAAGCCAAUCGCUCGGUUGCUACACUCGGCUAGCUUCGUUAGCACAUUAUCUAUCAUUGUCAUAUUAAUCUGGCCCCCUUCUCACUGUCUGUAGUCACGAUACUAAUAACUCAGCAACAGUGAAGCACAGGGACAAUAGAGGUGUGUUUCUGCAGAGGCAUCGAGAAGACAAAGCUGCAACAACAACAAAAAAAUGGGGAGGAAGUCCAACAGGGCAAAGGAGAAGAAGGCACGACGCCUGGAAGAGCGGGCAGCUAUGGAUGCCGUCUGUGCAAAAGUGGACGCAGCAAAUAAGCUUGAUGACCCACUGGCUGCCUUCCCAGCCUUCAAGAAGUACGACAGAAAUGGGCUGAACCUGCAGAUAGAGUGUAAGAGAGUGACCACGCUCAACCCGCUGUCUGUGGAGUGGGCCUUCGAACUCACGCGAGCCAACAUGCAGACACUGUAUGAGCAGAGCGAGUGGGGCUGGAAAGAGAGGGAAAAAAGGGACGAGAUGAACGACGAGAGGGCGUGGUACCUGCUGGCCCGCGACGGCGACUCCGCUCCCGUGGCCUUCUCUCACUUCCGGUUUGACGUGGAGUGUGGGGAGGAGGUUUUAUAUUGCUAUGAGGUGCAACUAGAGAGUCGAGUUCGGAGGAAAGGACUCGGCAAGUUCCUCAUUCAGAUACUUCAGCUCAUCGCUAACAGUACUCAGAUGAAGAAGGUGAUGCUGACAGUUUUUAAACACAACCACGGGGCUUACCAGUUCUUCAGAGAAGCUUUACAGUUCGAGAUAGACGAGACUUCGCCGAGCAUGUCUGGUUGCUGCGGCGACGACUGCUCUUACGAGAUCCUGAGCCGGCGGACCAAACACGGCGAGGCCUCGGCCGGACACACCCACGGGGGCGGCCACUGCGGUGGCUGCUGCCACUGAUCCACCUCACCGCCUCCCCCCCCCCCCCCUUACACCUUCUACGAUUGGUUAAAAAAAAAAAAAAAAAAAAGCCAGCAACUUUCAUCCGUUGCUGUGUGUGAAAGCUUUAGCUGCCUGCUACUCUUCAGACGUUUCUGAGUUGAAACGGCUGUAGAGGGCCGUUUAAAAAUGUAUCGAUGGUGAGAACACCCGUUCUCUCAUUACACAGUCAGACUUGUGUGGUUUUUUUGUUUUUGUUUUUGUGUAUUCCUACUACGAAGGCAGCAUCAGUGUGAGCUUUCACACAUAGCCUCUGAUUAUUAUUUCCUUUCCUACUUCUUGGUUUAAUGUCCGGCCGUAUAUUUCCUCACUCUCUUAUCUCAGUUAAUGAUGACAGUUAGUAUUUCAGAGUCAAGAUCAAGCUAAGUUAUUGCUGAGAUUUUCGACCACUGCAGCGAAUCUCAUCCCAACCCGCUCUUCUUCUUCUUCUUCUUCUUCUUCUUCUUCUUCUUCUUCUCCCAACACGUUCGACUUUAUUGCAUCAUUGCGCCGUGCUUCUGGAAUAGUUUAGGAACCGAAAUUGGCUGCUGGCUCAAUUCUGUAUUACAGAAAUGCAUCACCCAUCACGAUGUCUCAAUCAUUUAUCGGUAGACGAUUAUUAAUCAUGCCCUCGAUAAAGUAAAAGUUGAAUCUAAGCCAGUAACACGCUGCUUUCAGUCAUACAGCCCCUGGAUUCUCUGGGAUUCUGAGACUACUUGCCUGUUGCGCUGUCCCUGGAUUUGCUCGCGUAUAUGGCUUGUGAGUUUUCCAACAACAUUCAUUACAGCUACUGUUCAGAGCCACAUCGGUCCAUGACGCUGUACUACUGUCACUAGAUCAAGGUUUGCUGUAAGAGCUAGACACCUAAAGACGGAGAUGUCUAAUCCGCUUUCAACUCUUGAAAGCGGAUGACACAAGUUGUCCGAGACAAGUCCCAAAUUGAAUUAGGUCAAAUAUUUGAUUUCAACAUUUGUAGCCUCCAACACUCCUGACAGUAAUGCCAGGGUUGGAGUUGGCUGCCUUGUUCUCUCAGAUGUCCGACAUGCUUUAACUGUCCAGACCAGACGUGAAUGUCAUGGACUACAAAUCCCAGCUUCACAGAUGACGCAAGGUUUCAUCGGUUUAAGAAAUCACCUAAUUCUAAGCUUUUAUUUCCACCAUUUCUUUUUUUUUUUUUAUUCCUCCCUUGUUUUCAUUUCUUACAGAUACAAAUGAGAGACCGCCCCCCCUCCUC